CCAGUCUUCUAUUUACUCAUUUCCCAAAGACCUAGAAGGCUAAAAGCUCUCUCUCUCUCUCUCUCUCUCUGGAGCAAUCGUAAGAUGGACGAGUACUUGCAGUACAUGAAGACUUUGCGCUCUCAGAUGAACGAUGUGGAGGAUCAAGCGGCGAAGAUUUCUGUCGAAGAGCAAAUGCAGUUAACCACUAUUCAAACCAUGGAAAACGAUCUCAAUUCUGCAAAAUCUGAAACAAAGCAACUUAAAGAAGAUACUGAGCUAAUGAUGAAGGCGAAGGGUCAAAUAUGCUCAAAGAUUUUGGAAAAACAGAGAAAGUUUGCCUCUCUGGAGUCUGAUUCAUCCUCGCUUACGCAGACAUUUGAGCUCAUUCAACAACAAAGAGCCAACUUAUCUACCAAAUUAAUGGAGAAGAGCACUUACUACACCAAGGUUGCAGAGGAUAUGAAUGCCAAAUUACAGCAACAACAGGAUUGGGUCGAGUCUAAAAAACCUAGCAGAGAACUGGAAGAGCAUGAUUUGCUGUCAGCUGGCCUCUAUGAGCCCAAUUGGACUCAGCAGAAGGCAAUAACGAGCUGA